CUCAACUAGAGCUAACAAGAGUUUGAAGACCUCCUCUUGUUACCUUGUUCAUUUUCUUCGAUAAUCUUAUUCAGAAGUAGAAAGCUCAUUUACAAAACAAUCAAAAUGGCUCUAAACGUAUUGGCCUUUACAUUUGGAAUCAUGGGCAACAUCAUAUCAUUUAUCGUUUUCUUGGCGCCAGUGCCAACGUUUGUUAGGAUCUGCAAGAAAAAAUCUAUAGAAGGCUUUCAAUCACUUCCGUAUGUGUCAGCGCUCUUUAGCGCGAUGCUAUGGAUUUACUACGCUCUGCAGAAAGAUGGAUCAGGCUUCCUUCUGAUUACCAUAAAUGCCGUUGGAUGCUUCAUCGAAACCAUCUACAUCAUCCUCUUCAUAACCUAUGCUAACAAGAAAGCUAGAAUAUCAACUUUGAAGGUUCUUGGACUCUUGAAUUUCUUGGGUUUUGCCGCUAUUAUUCUUGUCUGUGAGCUCUUGACCAAAAAGUCGAACCGUGAGAAAGUCCUUGGAGGGAUUUGCGUCGGAUUUUCGGUUUGCGUCUUUGCAGCACCUUUGAGCAUCAUGAGAGUGGUGAUACGAACAAAGAGUGUCGAGUUUAUGCCCUUCUCUCUAUCAUUGUUUCUUACACUCAGCGCCAUUACGUGGCUCUUCUACGGUCUUGCUAUCAAAGACUUCUACGUUGCGCUUCCAAAUAUAUUGGGUGCAUUUCUCGGAGCAGUUCAAAUGAUUCUCUACAUCAUAUUCAAGUACUACAAGGCUCCAAAAGUUGAUGACACAGAGAAACCCAAAACGGUGCAGGAUCACUCCAUUGACAUGGUCAAGCUCGCAUCAACAACCCCAGUUUCCGGUGAUAUGACGGUUUAUCCUCAAACUCAUGCGGGUGAUCUAGAGGGUCAGAUGGAAAAGAAAGUGACAAACCAAAUCCAAACUUAAGUAGCCUUUCUAUAUUAUUGAUUUUAUCAAUGUUGUAACUGUUGAGUUGUGUUUCACUAUAGAUUGUAUUUUGUCUUCUUGUAUUUUUCUUUUACCAUGUUAUUUCGAAACAUCUCGAAAUUGUA